AUGGAUCUUUCGCCUCGUUUACACGGGGCAUCGGACCUGGCUUCGAGGAUGCAAACUCCUCUCGAGCAACUCUCCCCGUCCCUUGAUAGUCUUGAGGAACGUCAUAUCCGGGCCGUUGUGAUACUGCUAUGGCCAUACUCGUCUGCCACGAAGCAAUUUAGCUUGCUCCUUUCGGAGCCAGAUUUCCGACUCAGAGACAGAAAGGGCCAGGUCAGGGUCAGUUUCCGAGGUAUGAGUGCGAAAGCGGUGGCAGAAUCACAAGUUAGCAUUGGGGAUACUGUGAUUUUGAGUCUUGACGGUGCACGGUUUCAGAAUCAUGACGCGGAAAUUUGUACCCCAGGAAAGAAUAUUGAUUGGGUUCUUGCAUUUUCGAACGGGGUGCGGCUUGAGGUAUACCGCGAUUCCGAGCUGUUUGCAACUGUCAAGGUUGAAGCUUCUCGGGACGAUCACCCACAUAUUAAUGGCACAAUCCCAGCAACUCCCAAUCGAUCACCCUCAACACCACAAACAGAAACGAACGGACAACCUACUGGCUUGGGUACAGAAAAUUGGGCUUCACCUGCAUUUUCGCAGAAGUUCAGUAGGUCCUUUGGUUCCCUUCCAAAUUCGGCAAUCAAUCCACUCGAAGAAGAGGAUGGGUAUAUCUGGGGUAAGGGGAGGAAACGGACGAAAUUCGGUAGGCCAAGCAGUGAAUGGAUUUUUGUCGAUACGUCGCCCAGUCCCCCGCCGGCUGCUGCGGAUGGAUGGGAAGAUGAAGCCCUUGAACUGGACGAGGACCAACAAGAUGCUACAGUGGAGGGACAUUUUUCCCAAGGCGAUACCGUUCCCAAUUCUCAAACGACUGUUCAUAUGGAUGAUAGAGUCCACGGAAAUGAGGCUACGGAGAUUUCGGAGCCACUGAAGCAGCUAUUGCAAUCCUCAAGUAUGGACGAUACCUUUACACACUCUCAAACCGAGUAUCCGACCGCCAUAUCUUCUCAGAACUCAAGCCGGGAUAUUUCACAUUCACAGCAACCGACCAUAACACCUUUAACUUCGUUUGGCAAUUCGUUUGAACAAGAACAACCAGUAGUCAAUCUUGAGCGUGCUGCUACACCACCAGUGCCAAAAUCAGCUCCUAUGGUUCCUGUCGGCUCUUCUCUUGAAACGCUAUUCUCAAAUGCAAGUUACAAUCUACCACGAUCCAGCAGCCCAACGUCGAGCCUGUUUCAUGGACACGACACUACCUCCUGCCAACUUGUUACACCAAACAUAAGUGGUCAAACUGGCGAUGAAGCAGGAUUUCAAGAUGAGGCUACAGUAACAACGCCUGGGGACGUACAUCGUAUGGCUGUUCCUUGUGCUGAUAAAAUCGACGGUCCCUUAUCUUCAACACCUGUCUAUGGCCUUAGUAAACAACGCCAGUUUGAUCAGGAAACCUCCGAGCCUGAAAAUGUGGUUGACGAAUAUCUAGUACGAAGAAUGCGCUCGCGGCUUGAAGAAGACCCUGAAGGACAUGAGGAUGAGAAACAUGCAGAUAUAUUCGAAGAGGAUGUAAGCGGAAAACUGGAUGAAGAUCUAGAGGAAGAGUUGAUGGAGUUGGAGGAAGAAAUGGAAGAGCGAAUCGAGGAGGAGGCUGGGAAUGAGGAUGAAGAGCAGGAAGAAAACGAAAACUACGAGGAGCAGGAGCUAGCCGAAGAGGAACGGGACGAAUACAUGGAAAUACACUCUGGCGAUGAAAUGGAAAGUGGCGCCUAUGAAUACUCACCACAACUCGAAUCUGAAGAGGAGUAUGAAAGUUCGCGGCUUGAGAUGGAUGAGGAUGCCUUUCCACCGAGACCGACUUAUCUUGCUGUUCCCCGUGCUACGCCAGAAAUAAUCGUUUUGGAUAGUGAUGACGAAAGUCAGGCCUCCGCUGGUAUUACAUCUGCUCCACAGCAUGUGGAUAUCCACAGUCCGGAUGUUCCAUUGACAUCAGGCGAUAUUAAACGGACAAACUUAUCGCAACAGGACUUUACUACUGUUGGUUCCCAACCUCAGAUUGGAUUUGGUGAGAGUCCACGACUAGAAGCGGGAGAUUCCGCGGCGGAAACAGAGAUGCUUGUGCAAGAUUUUACUCCCCAAAAUCUUGGAAAUGCCUCUAGGUUCGAUGAGACUCCUCGGCAAGCAAAGAUUGGUUACGUAGCUGAAACAGCACUUCACAUUGAGACAAAUUCUGUGGUGGUCAAUGGUAAAGGCGAAGAUACCGGCCAUAAACCUGAAGACCUAAACGAGUACCGCCAUGCAAGCCCUUCCUUCUCAGGUUUCAUGUCUGAUGAGGAACCAGAAACUAAGCUCGCUCUGACCAAUGAAAUUGCUAUUGAUCCUCAACUAUACCUGCCUGGAACCCGGAGGAGCUCAGUGACUGAUUCCGAUCCCCGGAGUAGCGUUGAUCACGGACUACCUCACGGCAAAGUUGCUGAUGUUGAUGCACCGGAUUCGGAAAGCCAACUUGUUACACCUAUAAAAGCUGGGCAAUAUUCAGAUAUUCUGUCCUCGAUUCCGUCGUCGGACUCUCAUCCAACUGAAGAUGAGCUCGUUGCUUUUCAACUAUUUUGUGACAUGGAGGAGCAAAUUCGCGAUACUAGCCCAGAAACGCCCGACCUGGUUAAUGGGCCAUCACUCCCCAUUCCACACUCUCCUGAGAAGCAAGCACCAAGGAUUCUAGAAAAUGUUGGCAUCGAUAAUACCACAAAGUAUGAUGCACAAAAGAAGGAGGAGAUGGAGCAUGCCGAUGCAAUUCGAAAUGCUCCGAUUGAAUCACCUACCAUAUUUCAACCGAAUACCAAUGCUAUUGGCCUUCGUAGCCGCCUAUCGUAUUUCUCUCCUUUGUCCACUCUCGCUGAUAGUUUCAACAAGAUGACAGAUACCAUAUCCGUAGUUAUCUCAUGUUCGAAAAUAUCACGGUCGCGGAGUGGACCCCGGGAGUAUUAUACGACACUACAUCUCACAGAACCUUCUAUGUCUGGCAUAACUGUAUGUGCCCAAAUCUUCCGACGCACGAAAUCAUCGCUCCCCAUCGCAAAAAAAGGGGAUGUAAUCCUCCUUCGUGAUUUUAAAGUUCAGAGCAUGGACCACAAAAUGAUGCUUCUCAGCAUGGCUUCUAGUGCGUGGGCCGUCUUCUCUAAGGGAGGCGAUACGAAUGUGCAGAUGAAUGGGCCUCCUGUUGAAUUUGGCACAGAGGAGCGUGAAUACAUUGCUUCUCUACGGCAAUGGUAUCAGGACGAAGGGGAGCAGCUUGCGGCGAAAUACGAGUACUUGGAAAUGACACGCGGCAGUGCUGGGACAAGCAUUUCUAUCUCCAGUGCAUCUAGUAGCAGCCCAAACGGAGGCAGGGGGAGCAUUUUCAAGAAAUUUGCGCGGUCGAAGAAGCCGAGACAUCGUCGGAUUACUAUUCAUGAAUUGCGGGAUGGGCAGCGGUAUGCAGAGGUUGGUUCGCCGGCAGAUAAGGAGACGAUUCACGAGCUAAGGGAUGGUACUGUUUAUGCCAAUUUGUGA